GGCCAAGGAAAAGCUGCACUUUUAUUGAAUAGGGCUGUGUGUGUGUGUGUGUGUGUGUGUGUGCGAGGCUGCUGGUGCGCCUUUCUCGCUGCGCUCCUGCCCCAAGCAGCCAGUUAUUCAUUUCCUUCCUACUAGCUGAAAACUUUGCAGCCAGAGAAAUCAACUCGUUUUUCUGGAGUCGUCAUUUUGAUUCAUCAAGCAGCUGGUUUGUUACUGAAAAGCUCAGAAUAUUUCCUCUGAUUGCCUUCCUAUUUGGAUCUUCCCAGAGCUUGGAACACUUAAACACCCACCAUGGAUGACUUUGAACGCCGCAGAGAACUCAGGAGGCAAAAGCGUGAGGAAAUGCGCCUGGAAGCAGAGAGGCUGUCCUACCAGAGGAACGAUGACGAUGACGAAGAAGCUGCCAGAGAACGGCGCCGGCGGGCUCGGCAGGAGAGGCUGCGGCAAAAGGAGGAAGGAGAUCUCUCAGGAGAAGUAACAGAGAAAUCUGAGGUUAAUGCCCAGAACAGUGUGGCAGGAGAGGAAAGCAAGCGCUCUACAGAUGAUGAAGCUGCAUUGUUGGAGAGGCUGGCAAGGCGGGAGGAGAGACGCCAGAAACGUCUGCAGGAAGCUCUGGAACGUCAAAAGGAAUUUGACCCCACGAUCACAGAUGGGAGCUUGUCAGUGCCCAGCAGGAGAGAAGUAAACAAUGUGGAAGAAAAUGAGAGCACGGGGAAAGAGGAAAAGGCUGAAACACGCCGAGGACGCUAUGAGAUUGAGGAGACAGAAACAGUUACCAAAUCAUACCAAAGGAACAACUGGAGGCAAGAUGGGGAAGAGGAGGGAAAAAAAGAAGAAAAAGACAAGGAGGAGGUACAGGAGGAGAAACCUAAGGAGCUCCCCAUAGAGGAAAACCAGGUAGAUGUGGCAGCAGAAAAAUCCACUGAUAAAGAAGAGGCAGUAACUGUAAAUGCAGAGGAACACAAAGCAGAGAAUGAUACAAAUGCUGUGCCAGAAGGGACGCAAAGUGUACCUGAUGCUGUAGAUAAAGAGAAGCUUAGGGAUGAGGAAAAGGCUGAGGAAGAAAGGAAGGAAGCAGAAGAAAGGGAGAGGUUAAAAGCAGAGGAAGAAAAGAGGGCAGCUGAGGAAAAACAAAAAGCAGAAGAAGAAAAGAGGGCAGCUGAGGAGAGGGCUAAGGCAGAAGAGGAAAAGAGGGCAGCCGAGGAAAGAGAGAGGGCUAGAGCAGAAGAGGAGAGGAGGGCGGCUGAGGAAAAACAGAGAGCAGAGGAGGAAAAGAGGGCAGCUGAGGAGAGGGCAAAGGCAGAAGAGGAAAAGAGGGCAGCUGAGGAAAAGGCUAAACUAGAGGCAGAGAAAUUAAAGGAAAAGCAAAAAAUGGAAGAACAGAAAAUAGAAGAUAAACAGGUAAAAGAGAAGGAAGUAGAAGAUGAAAAACCUCAAGCAGCUGUCUUAAAAAAACAGGAGGAAGAAAAAGUGGAAGCUAAAAAGGAAAAGCUGCCAGAAGAGAAGCUCCAAGCUACCUCCAUAAAAGAUCAGGUAAAAGAUGACAAAGGCAAAGAACCCAAAGAGGAAAUGAAAAGUGUCUGGGAUCGUAAGAAAGGGGUUCCUGAACAAAAGGCACAGAACGGAGAACGUGAGCUCCCUGCCUCCAAACUUAAACCUACUGAGAAUGCUUUUGGGCGCUCCGGGGCGAAAGGGACCACGGAGGAGGUGAAGCCGGGGGCCGAGGCUCUGAAGAGGUUGGAAGAUCAGCGGCGCCGCCGGGGCGAGAGCGAGAGCGAGGAGCUGGAGAAGCUGAAGGAGAAGCAGCAGGAGGCGGCGGCAGAGCUGGAUGAGCUGAAGAAAAGGCGGGAGGAGCGCCGGAAAAUCCUGGAGGAAGAGGAGCAGAAGAAGAAGCAGGAGGAGGCUGAGAGAAAAAUUAGAGAGGAGGAGGAAAAGAGGAGGAUGAAGGAAGAAAUCGAAAGAAGAAGGGCUGAAGCUGCUGAGAAACGCCAAAAGAUGCCAGAAGAUGGUGUGGCUGAAGACAAGAAGCCAUUUAAAUGUUUCAGUCCUAAAGGUUCAUCUCUUAAGAUAGAGGAGCGAACAGAAUUUUUGAACAAAUCUGCUCAAAAGAGUGGUAUGAAGCCCACCCAGACAACAGCAGUUGUCUCAAAAAUUGACAGUAGACUUGAGCAAUACACUAGUGCAAUUGAGGGCACAAAGGCUUCAAGACCAGCUAAAGCUUCCGACCUUCACGUUCCAGCUGAGGGCGUCCGUAAUAUCAAGAGCAUGUGGGAGAAAGGGAAUGUUUUCUCAUCAGCUUCUGCGGCAGGAACACCAAAUAAGGAAACUGCUGGACUGAAGGUUGGUGUCUCCAGUCGUAUAAACGAGUGGUUGACCAAGACCCCAGAGAGCAACAAAUCCCCUGCUCCAAAACCUUCCGAUUUAAGACCAGGAGAUGUAUCUGGCAAACGUAAUCUCUGGGAGAAGCAGUCAGUGGAGAAGCCAGCUGCUUCUUCUAAGGUAUCAGCUAUGGGGAAAAAAUCAGAGACUAAUGGUUUGAGACAAUUUGAGAAAGAACCGUAGAAGGCCACUAAAGACGCUGGACCAAUCAAUUUUGGGGGAAAAAAAAAAGGAAAAAGUGCUAAAUUGUUCUUUUUAUAUUUAUGUUUAUUUACCAAAAUGUCUUUUUGCAUUAUCCCAGUUAAAACCAUGUAUAUUAGCACUGUAUUUAAUAAUCAGUCUAGACAUUCAUCAGAAUAGUACUGCCUUUGCACAAGAGCCUUUAUUCCUAAAGAAACCCAUGCUGUGAAAUAUAUAGACUCUCCUACUGACAGCCAUAAAUAUGUAUCUGAACAAUGAUUUCAGCUGGCAUUACAGGUCCACCCAAAACACAUGUAAAGUGAAGUUGCUUGGGAAAGGUGUGCAGCAAACCUAUCAGAAGUCUUUUUCUUUCUGCACUUUAGACUAAGGCAUGGAAGAAAUAUCUUUAGUUGACAAUGUAAUAUUUUCUGUAAGUUGCCCAUGUCAUGAGAAAUACUGCAUCAAUAAUGUGUUUUAUUUUUUUUUGUUUUAUACUUUUUUUUAAGUAUCAAUUUUUCCAUUCUAGUUUAAGUUAAUACCUAAAUUUGGAUGAUUAUGUUAGCUGACAGCGGUACUGAUAUUUCUUUUUGUUGUUAGUGACUAGUAAUUGAAUGCAAUCUAGAAUAUAUAUACACACAUAGCUUUACAAGGUUUAGCCUAAAGGCACUACUAAUGGUAGAAUGCUUUACUAUGUGCUAGAGUAUUAUAUUUAGCAAUAAACAUACAUAAUUAGCCAAUAUCACAGCUUAAAAAAAUAAAGACAAAAUCACACACUUUUCUAUAGUAAGAUUUCAUAAUUGUCAUUAGAGGUAUGGUGAGAUAAGUAUUAAAAAAUUUAAAUGUCUGUUGCCCAGUAAUGGGUAAUUUAAAAGAAAGUAUAGUUUUUAAAAGAGGAAAAGGUAAGGGUAUAGAGGGUCAAAAAUAGGUCACUUGUAUAAAACAUUGUAGUUUAAUUUAUAUAAAACUACCAUAAUUAAAAAGAAAAAAAUGUAAACAGAGUUGGAGCUUGUUUCAAAUGACUGUACACUAAAUCUUGCCAUCCAUCAGUGCUGUACACCAGGUCUACAAGAAAUGAAGUAAACCUCUAUCUUUGUGACGCUUCUUUUUACCUCUCUCUCCUGAAUAUCAUAUUUACAGAUGUUUUCAUUUGUAUAUAGUAAACACAUGGCUCUAAGACGUCAGCUUGGUUUGAAUUUACAUGCCAUACAGUUUAGCAUUUACAUCCUACAGUGUAUGGGUGGCAUAAACUGAGCAACUCAAGUAGCCCCUAAGCAUGUUGUUAACAGCUUUGUGGUGCACCAGAACCCCCAGGACCUCCCUUAUCGCCACUUCCAUAUCUUACAGCAUCUGACUUCUUCCUAAAGAAGUGUAAGGUUCUAUUUCAGCCCAAAGCUGGGCUCCUCUUGCUUGGCUGAAACAUCUUGUUUACAAAUAGAGAUGCACAAAGUUAUCUGUAGGGGGUGAAACUGUGCCUACCAUUGUCUGUGAGUUGUCAUGGUUUUUGUUUGGGGGUUUUGUAAACACUGCUCUGAGUCUUUCAAAUACAUCUGAUAGCUGCAAUAAAAACAUUUUGUUCAAACAAUAUAUUCUGCAACUGCAUUUGAAAUAAAUGGAACAUUUCCAUCAGCA